CUCAUAUAACGUAUACCAUCGUAUUCUAGCAAUCUUCUUCAGAACCGAAAGUUUGACUAUUGCAUUGUCGACGAAGCCUCUCAGAUCACGCUACCUGCCUGUAUCGGUCCCUUGCGAUGUGCUAAUGUUUUUGUUCUCGUUGGGGACCAAUACCAACUUCCACCUUUGGUACGCCACGAUAUGGCACGCGAAAACGGACUGCAAAAAUCUCUCUUUGCACUCCUAGCUGAAGCACAUCCCGAGGCGAUCGUCACUUUACAAUAUCAAUAUCGCAUGAACAAAGACAUUAUGACCAUCUCAAAUACCCUUAUUUACGACAACAAACUCAAAUGCGCAAGCAAGUCUGUAGCCCAACGACAACUUGACUUGCCACACUUUCAACAAGCUCUCGAUAGUAUCCAUGGUGGUGCAAGUUGUACGAAACAAUCAUGCUGGAUCGAGCAAAUCUUGGAUCCUAGUCGAAAGGUUGUAUUUCUGGAUACCGAUAAAAUGUCUGCAACCGAGGAACGCAUUAUGGAAACUGUGGUCAACAAGGCAGAAGCCUCGAUUGUGCUUCAGUUAGCAGAAGCAUUGCUUUUAGCAGGCGUACCAGAAGAGCGACUGGCAGUCAUUUCCGUUUAUCGCUCCCAAUUAAGGCUGAUAUCUCAGUCGUUACGUGGCCGUCCAGGCGUGGAAAUUGCAACGAUUGAUAAAUACCAAGGCCGAGAUAAAGAGUGUGUGCUAGUGUCUCUAGUGAGAAGCAAUGAAACGGGCAAGACCGGCGAGUUGUUGAGAGAUUGGCGUCGCAUUAACGUUGCAUUCACUCGAGCUAAAAGCAAAAUUAUCAUCAUUGGAUCAUCCACCACGCUCAGCACUACGGCUCUAUUCGGCAUUUUCCUUGAAUUAAUGCGUACAAAUAACUGGAUCUAUCAACUUCAUCUCGGGGCAGAAAACGAGCAUACAAUCCAACCACCACCAUCUCCUCGUGAAAAGCGAAAUAGAGAACACAAAACACAUUCUCCUGCUGAAGCAAUUCUUAAGAACAGACCAAUACUGCGAGAUGUGUAUAAUUCAUCAUCGUUGUGAAAAAACAAACUCAUUUGUAUAUACGAAAGACCAGUAGUACAUAACAUUUAUGCCCGUGAUAGAAAAAAGAAAGCAAACAAACUUUUUAUGUAUACAAGUAAAUGCUGGUCAAUGGCGGGGGAUGUCAAUUGCUUAGAA